GCUGCCGUGAGCAUUGGCAAACGCGUGAAACGGAACAAAAAACCGAAAUCGAAAAUCGAACAUCGAAAACCCAAAACCCAAAGCCGAAAAAUACAAAAUUGAAAUCUCCGCGCUGCUCUUCGGUACGUGUUAAGUUUUUUAAUUAGUAGAAUUUUCAAGUGAGUUCGCUGGCAAAAAGAGAAAAUAAUUCACAAAAAUACAAAAGGCAAUGUGCAGUGAACAAAAAGGUUAAUCAGUGAAGAAAAAGUCGAAAAAGCAUACAAUAAGCCGCACACCAGUUUCUCUUUCGCUUCAGAUUUCGGACUUCGGGUUGAAGACAAUUGCUGAAUCGCAAUCGAGUCAAAUGCAAAUGCAAAUCGACGGCGAAUGAAUCGACAAUGACAAAGAGUAUUAAACGUCCGCCGUCUCUUAGUUGUAACCAAGUUCUCCUUACCUAUGUGAUAUUAGCUUAUACAGUAGCCGCCCACAGCUCGCCCCCGCCAUGUGGCCUUUACGGAGCGCCGCCUUGCCAAUUCCUCCCGGCACCACCUGGUCAGACGCCCACCUGUGCCCGUCCUGGGAAGACGUACUGCGAGCACGCUGAUAACUACCCCACGUAUCUCAUCAAGAGCCUCGUCCGCAAGUGGGGCUAUGAGGCCAGCACCCUGCUGGUAGACGAAACCUGGGAGGAUUUUGCGGCGGUGGCGUGGCACGAUACUCCCGUCUUCUAUGAUCCCAAGUCCAUCUUCCCGCCCCGCGAUCCCAAUGCCCAGGACUUUAAUGGCUAUAGUUAUCAGACUCCCUUCGGGGGUAAUCCCCAGCGGGCGAGUGGCGGUGGAAACUCGCUUUUCAUCAGCAAUCCCUCAACGGAAGCGCCAACAUAUCUCCUAUACACCUCCUCGGGCGGAGGUCAUCGUUCAGGUCAGCGUUACAAUGCCCAGGGUGGUGGCACCUCAUCCUCCGGCGGCCAAUUGUACUUCAAUCAUGGUGGCAGGUCAACGCCCUACAAUGCCACACUAUGGCUAAAGCGUUUGGUCAGGGAUCUCAGCCGGAAGCAGAAGCAGGCUAACGAGCAUGUAGAGAAGGAGGUGGUCGAACCGGAGCCCGAGCAGGCUGAGGAGGAGGACGAGCCGGCAGACGAUCACUCGCUGAGCAAGCGCGAUGUGUCGCUCAACAUGGAUCUCUUGGAUAUCGUGGGCGUGGAUGCCCCUAAUCCGCUGAAGAAGCGUUCGAGGACAAAGCGACAAAGUCCGGGACGCUCCACCCUCUGCCAAACGACCUCGCAGUUCAUCACACCACAGGCGGCACUCAAUAGUCGCGGAAACUGGAUGUUCGUGGUCAACGAGCAGAACGUGGCCCGCCAGAUGGUCAAGGCGGAGCUUUGUGCCUCGAACACCUGCUCGAACCUGUGCGAAUUGCCCAACGGCUACAACUCGAGAUGCGAGCAGAAGUUUGUGCAAAAGCGCUUAAUUGCGCUCCAGGGCAACGGGCAGAAUCUGUACACGGACACGUUCUGGUUUCCCAGUUGCUGUGUCUGCACGAUAGCCGCCAAUUAAGUGCGGCAGGAGCAGAACGACGAGGACAGGACACCAUAUCCUCGGCGGCUAUUUUGGCAAAAAUCAUAUCUGAUAACUAAAUGAUAUGAAAACAUAGCAAACACACACACACACACACACACACAACACUCAAUAUCUCUCUCUCAUGUAGUUACACAAAAACACAGACAAUGUAGUUCUUAAAAAUAUGUAAUUUAAAUCGAAAACAUCGAGUGAGGCAUGCAAAAUUGGAUUUAUGCCCGCACAAUCCCUUUGAGUUUUGUAUAGUAGCAUUAGUCUUACCCUGUGAGCGAUCUAAUGGAUAUCAAAUAAACAAAUAUUCGAGCGAUGCUUUUUUCAAGUUAAA